GAGAGUCAGACUCUUCGUGCUUCCACUGUGCAACCCCGCCAUCCCGCGACAUCCCAACCCACCACGAUCGUCGGCAGCACCCAAACUCCGAGGGCAGCAAGCUCUAGACCGCCGGAUGCGAGUAAGCAACCGCGCACGAGUUGUUCAGCUCGCAGGGAGAGUAGGAUCACAAAUGCAAGAGCUGGCGCGAUCCGAGUUCCUCGAGCUUCCAUUUCGCCGCCCAGGGUAUGUGAUGCUCUCUCGAAGCGGUUCUGUGCUUUUUGGUGGGGCGCGCCGGCUGUAAGUUAUACCUGGUACGUAGUAGUAUUUCCGUCCCCCGCUCCGCUCCACCCCACCAUACUACAUCAUAUCCCCUCUCUUCCCACCUUCUCCACCGACUCCGCACUCGUAAAUUCUCUCGAACAACCGCUUCUUUCACGAACCUGUCCAUCACCUCCCACUACUACCACCACCACUACCAAUAAACUACUUCGAAAUGGCCAAGGCUGUUGCUGUCGUCCGCGGUGACUCCGGUGUCUCCGGCACCGUCAAGUUCUCGCAGGAGAACGAGAACGCCCCCACCAUCAUCGAGUACGAGAUCAAGCACGUCGAUGCCAACGCCGAGCGUGGCAUGCACAUCCACGAGUUCGGUGACAACACCAACGGCUGCACCUCCGCCGGUCCCCACUUCAACCCCUUCGGAAAGACCCACGGUGCUCCCACCGACGACAACCGCCACGUGGGUGACUUGGGUAACAUCAAGACCGACGCCGACGGUGUUGCCAAGGGCCGCAUCGAGGACCACCUCAUCAAGCUGAUUGGCCCCCAGAGCGUCUUGGGAAGGACUGUCGUUGUCCACGCCGGCACUGAUGACCUCGGCAAGGGAGGACACGAGCUGUCCGUCACCACCGGAAACGCUGGUCUCCGCCCCGCUUGCGGUGUCAUCGGAAUCACCAACAACUAAGUUGCUGGACUGUCGGUCGAUUGCUCGUGUUGGAUGAUUUAUUCUCAAGAUGUGUAGUUCGCCGAGAUGUGGCUGAUAAUGAAGACAAAAAUUGUUGCCCCCAAGGCGUUUCCUACGUAAAAGCCCCACCGACUCACCGGACUUGACGGUUUAUGUACGGCUUUUGAGAUAGCUGGCCCCAAACUGGUCCGGAACCAAGCC